CAGCCCGCGGACUGUCGGCACCUCAGGAUUCUAGGACAGGUCGAGCAUUCUGUCACGAUGCCUGAAAUCAACACCAACCACCUUGAUGAGCAACAGGUUCAGCUCCUGGCAGAGAUGCGUAUUCUUAUUGAUGAGAAUGACAAUAAAAUUGGGGCUGAGACCAAAAAGAAUUGUCAUCUGAAUGAAAACAUUGAGAAAGGUUUAUUGCAUGGAGCUUUUAGUGUCUUCUUAUUCAACACUGAAAAUAAGCUCCUGCUACAGCAGAGAUCAGAUGCUAAAAUUACCUUUCCAGGUUGUUUUACCAAUACUUGUUGUAGUCAUCUCUUAAGUAACCCAGGAGAGCUUGAAGAAAAUGAUGCAGUUGGAGUAAGGCGAGCAGCACAGAGGCAUUUAAAGGCUGAAUUGGGAAUUCCCAUGGAACAGGUUCCUCCAGAAGAAAUUAAUUACCUGACGAGAAUUCACUACAAGGCUCAGUCUGAUAGUAUCUGGGGAGAACAUGAAAUUGAUUACAUUUUGUUUGUGAGAAAUAACGUGACUUUGGAUCCAGACCCCAAUGAGAUUAAAAGCUAUUGCUAUGUGUCAAAGGAAGAGGUAGAAGAAAUGCUGAAAAAGGCAGCCAGCGACUAA